UAAGAUUUUUAGGAAUCUCAAAGCGAACACGACACAUACACAGAGGAAAAAAAUACAGAAGCUAUAAUAUUGAUCCAUCAUCUUCAACAGGAAGCUGUGCACCUGAUUCCACAAUAUCAGAGAGCUCCAGUAAGAGAUCCAGAGAUCAGAUCUGCUGAAAUGAACCAGGAGGAACGGAUGAUCGUGCUGCUGGGGAGGACUGGUGCUGGGAAGAGUGCAACAGGAAACACCAUCCUGGGGAGAAAUGCAUUCAAAUCAGAGAGAUCUUUAGAUUCUGUAAGAGAUCGGAUUCAAUGUGCAGAAGCUGUGAUAAGAGGAAAGUUCAUACAUGUGGUUGAUACACCAGGAUUCUUUGACACAAAACUGCCACAAAAUAAAAUAGCAUUAGAGUUGUACAGGAGUGUUUAUCUCUCACAACCAGGAGUUCAUGCUUUCAUUCUGGUUUUUAGGUUUGAUACAUUUACAGAACAGGAAGAGGAAAUUAUUAAGAGGUUAAAGAAGGCUUUUGGUAAACAGGUUUUAGAUCACACAAUUCUUUUGUUUACUUAUGGUGAGGGUGUAAGAGAGGAAAUUAUAGAUAAACAAAUAAGCAGGAAUGAACAUCUCAGAAGGGUGUUAGAUCAGUGUGGAGGAAGAUUUCACAUCUUUAAUAAUGCAGAACCACAGAACAGACAGCAGGUCACUGAACUUCUGCAGAAGAUAGACACGAUGGUGCAGCAGAAUGAAGGAGGAUUUUAUACUAAUGAGAUGUAUGAUAAAGCAAACAGUUCAUGCUGGGAAAUAUUCUGGCAAACAUUAAAACUUACACAGUUUUCAGAGCAGAUGAAGAGUAGGAGUAUGGAGCAGUUGCAUCUGAUGUAGGAAGUAGUUGCUGGUGGUGGUGGAAUCAGAAAACUGCAGAACCCCUGUAAAGUGAAGUAGCUUUAAAUUAAUGAGAGAUUAAAAUCACAAGGAGACACAGAG